UCCGAGUCUGAAAAUGAAAACUACGUAGGAUUAUCGACUUAUUUCUAGAUGAGUAUAAGUCUAAUGAUACGAAAAAUUACUCAUCGCUUAAUAUACACUGAAGAUCAAUACAUUUUAAUCAACGUAAUUAAAGAUUAAAGAUUAUGCAUGUGAAAGAGACAGUUUCCGGGUCUGAAAAUUAAAAAAGGUCUUAAUCAACAUAAAUGCAUAAGGAUCCAUUUCAUCAAUAUAAUCGUUCAUUUUCUCAUCUCAUCGUUUUGAGAAGAAACAUUCAACUGGAAGGAAUCGAAGUAUAUAAUUUUAUAAACUGAUUAUUUUAUCGUUCUGAAGUUGUUUGGUCGUGAUUUUCGUUUUCAAUAAUAUGAUUUUGUCGAUCAAAAAAUCAGUUUUACUGUUUCCGUUCGUUUGUUUGACUUUUAUUCAACAUCGAUCAAAUGCUAAACAAAACUAUGAGACCGGGACCGAAUGGAGUGCAGCUGCAGAAUUUCACAACGUAACAUAUAAUUUGAAGAGGGAUCGUAUAGAUAUUAAAUCACGUUGUUUUGGUUCCAUAUAUGAGGAAUCGACAUCAAUGACACCUAAUGAAACAUGCAAAUGGAUAGUCGAGUUUAGUAUUGGUUAUGAAUACGGCCAUCCCGAGAACAGUGGUAUGUCAUUAGCUUUAAAAUUGGAUGAUGGCGGUAAAGCUGGAAAUGCAGUCGCGAAAUUCAAAGCUACACUUCUUGAUGACUUCGGAAGAGAGGUGCGAUCAAGGGAAGAAUUGCAAGAGCUUAGAGUUGGGAAAGAUGAAAUUCUAUGGGAAAACUUCAUCAAGCCUGACGACGUUUUGAGAAAUCCGUUCGUGACGAAAGAUCCAUUCACUAUUUCUUUAGAGAUAUCUUAUUAUUAUCGAUGCAGCAAUUUUACGAGUAGAGAUCAACAAAACACGAUCUCACCCGAUCCCAACACCACAAAAUGUCUUCCAUCCGAUAACAUUGGCUCUUUACUGGAAAAUGAAGAUUUUACAGACGUCGUGUUACUAGCGAAAGGCAAAAAUUAUUCGGCCCAUGGAGCUGUUUUGGCUGCAAGUAGUGAAGUUUUUGCAAGCAUGUUUAAAAACAUUGAACACGGUGAUAAAAAACAUGAAAAAAAUCGAAUCGAUGUUACUGACAUAGAUGCGGACGUUAUGAAUGAAGUGUUGCGAUACAUUUACACAGGAAAAUGUCAGAUUUCAGCGAAACUAGCAGAGCGACUUUAUGCAGCAGCAGAUGCAUAUAAGCUAGAUAAGCUGAAAACAAUUGUUUUGGAAUCAAUGGCUGAUGCAUUAUCCCAAGCAGCAUUUGAGAAGCGUUUCCACUUGCGUAAAAACAGGAAAUUACCCGGCAGAUCAUCCGCAGAUCCCUUGGGCUGAGCGUAAAUCUGAAUCCUCCUCUCCUGAAUAGCGUUUCUGUAUGCAUUUUUAAAAUUAAAAAAUUGACGCAUGCAUUUCUGCAAUGCACUUUCCUACUGCUUAUUAUACCGGUGAAUUCUGCUGUAAAUAUACAUCAUUCUGUAAUGCGUACGAAUGACUGAUAGGUACAAGAUAGUGUUCUCAAACAGUAAAUAAAUUCUGAUUAAAAUAUC